ACUGAAGAUUCCAGGGUCCACAGCGCAGCGGAGUCCUGAAGAAACACCUGCCCAGUGGCUGGCCAGGGGUUCAGGGAGAGACAGAUUUGAUCCCCGAGGCCUGAGGAGGAGCAAGGCCCACUGGGAACAUGGCGACUGCCCCCGGCCUCCAGCCCGCAGCACCCCUGGAGGAGGAUGAGAUCCUGAUUGUGAAGGUGGAGGAGGACUUCCACUGGGAAGAGGAGCCCUCCCUGAAGAUGGAAGACCCCAGCCCUGAGACCUUCCGCCAGCUCUUCCGGCUCUUCUGCUACCAGGAGGUGGCCGGCCCUCGGGAGGCCCUGAGCCGCCUCUGGGAGCUCUGCUGCCGCUGGCUGCGGCCGGAGCUGCGCACCAAGGAGCAGAUCCUGGAGCUGCUGGUGCUGGAGCAGUUCCUGAUGGUGCUGCCCGGGGAGAUCCAGGCCUGGGUGCGGGAGCGGCAGCCGGAGAGCGGUGAGGAGGCCGUGGUCCUCGUGGAAGGGCUUCAGCGGGAGCCCAGGAAACAGAGGGUGAGGUGGGGGGCCUUCUGGGGCAUGCUAACCCAUGUCUCCAAGGAGUAUGGGCCCCAAUGGCUGAGCACACAGUGGAUCCAGCUGCUACGCACAGCGAAUCUGUCCACACUGUGCUGCCCUGCAGCAACAGGACAGAGCAUGAUGGCAAUAGUGUCGUCCCAAAGAGCAGGAUGCUGCCGUGUCUGUGAGCUGAGGUUGGGAGGAGAGGUGUGUGACAGCUUGUGGGGAGGGAAAAAGUGGUGGGAGGCAAGCAGGACCCACCAUUGUGACGUGAGUGGAAGGGAAAGGUCAGCUCACCAGGUUGGCCCAGCCUGUAGGACUGAGUGGGCUGUGUCCUUGCAGGUACCAGUGACCUUGGAGGACAUGGCCGUGUACCUGUCCCAGAAGGAGUGGGGGUGUCUGGACCCAGCUCAGCAGGACCGAAGUCAGGACAUGCUGCCAGAGAGUGAAGGCCGUGGAAUGCAGUUUAAGGAUGAAGAAGACACACAGAUGAGAACAGAAUGGGACCGAGUGCUGUCGGCUCGGUGCAGGGGUCCCAGCUCCCCAUUCCUAGGUCACAAACCGGCCCCCGUCAGGGGGUUGACCAAAUCUGAGCAACUUCUGGAAAGAGGGGGGCCCUCCAGGGUGGCAAAGCCAUACACGUGCCCCGAAUGCGGCAAAAGCUUUAGCAAGACAUCCCACUUGACCAAGCACCAGCGCAUACACACCGGCGAGCGACCGUACCAGUGUCCGGUGUGUGGGAAGGGCUUCAGCGACCGCUCCAACUUCAGCACCCACCAGCGGGUCCACACGGGCGAGAAGCCCUACCAGUGUGCCGAGUGUGGGAAGCGCUUCAGCCAGAGCUCCAGCCUGGUCAUCCACCGCCGGACACACACCGGGGAGCGGCCCUAUGUGUGUGCCGAGUGUGGGAAACGCUUCAGCAACAGCUCACACUUCAGCGCCCACCGCAGGACGCACACAGGCGAGAAGCCCUACACAUGCCCGGCCUGUGGCCAGGGCUUCUGCCGGGGCACCGACCUCCACAAACACCAGCGAACCCACAAUGGGGAGAAGCAUCCACAUAGCUAUACCAAGGGGGUGCAGCCACUACCCAGACCCUCGAGGCUCCAGGAGUUCCCAGGGCCAAAGCCUGACUACGUGCUCAGUUCAUGAAGCUGCCAGAGCCGUUACCCAGAACCAGAAACGCUGACCUUAAGGCACCUUCACAUGAACUCUGCUCCCCUGGGCCUGGUGUGAGGACACAGCAGGGGACAUUUCAGGUGGAAUGCUGGGCACAGGGCCCGGUGUAUUCGGUUCUAGGGCUGCUGAAUAAAUGACCACACGCUGGCUGGCUUACAACAACCGGAAUUAAUCUGUCCCUCCUGGUGUCUACAGCACUGGUGUCCUCUGGAGGCUCUGGUAGAGAAUCCUGUGCCUCUUCCACUUCCCCUGUGGCCCACAGACCCUGAUGUUCCUGGGCUUGUGGCAGCAUCACUCCGUGGCUGCGUCUGUCAUCACACGGCCUUCUCCCUGUGUCCUCUCCUCUUCUAAGGAUAUAGUCAUUGUAUUUACUGGCCCCCCUGAAUGACCUCAUCUUAACUAAUUACAUCUACAAUGUCCCUAUUUCCAAAUAAGGUCACAUUCUGAGGUUCUGGUUGGACUAGAAUUUGAGGGACACUUUCUAACCACUGUAGGGGAAGCUGCAACGGCUGCAGUGGCUUAUGGCAUUACAUACCCCAGCCUUCCCCUCCAACCUUGCUACACUUUCUAAAUGUAGGUGGUGGGGGUUUUUCCUACAUUCCAGUGGUGUCAAUGAGGAAAUGGGGUGCCUGACUGGUGUGGCUAAGUGGUUGAGCAUUGACCUAUGAACCAGGAGGCCUCGGUUUAAUUCC